AUGUCCAAGCGAACUGCUGACGCCGAUCACGGUGAGGCGCUCAAGGGCGGCGACCGUCCUGAGAAGAUGGACAUUGACGACAACGGCAGGGAAAUGGGCGAGUUUGAGGAUGAGUUCGAGGACGAGUUCGAGAGCGAAGAUGAGAUCCUCGAGGCUGGUGUUGAUGGACGACCUGAUGCCGAGCGCGAGGCUGAGGAGAAGGAUGCCAAUGCUAUGGAAGUCGACCAAGGAACCUUCAUCGUCGGACGAAGCAAACUCGAGCCUGGCCAGACCCUCGCUCCCGAUCUGACCACCUACGAGAUGCUGCACAACCUCAGCACACCCUGGCCAUGCCUUUCCUUCGACAUUGUCCGCGACAACCUCGGUGAUAAUCGCAAGGCUUACCCUGCGACCAUGUACACUGUCUCCGGCACCCAGGCUGAGACCGGAAAGGCUUCGGACAACCAGAUCAUGGUUAUGAAGUUCAGCGGCCUGAGCAAGAUGGACCGCGGCGACGAGGGAUCUGACUCGGAAGACGACGACGAUGAGGAUUCGGACCCUAUCCUCGAGAGCAAGACUAUUCCUCUCAACUCUACUACCAACCGUAUCCGCGCCCACCAGAUCCCUAGCCAAGAGGCUGGACGACCAGGAACUACCCUCACUGCGACCAUGACUGAGUCGAGCAACGUCUUCAUUCACGACAUUUCUCCUCACCUCGCUUCGUUCGACAACCCCGGCACCACCAUCUCCGCUCAACAGAACAAGCCAAUUUCUACCAUCCGCGCACACAAGACCGAGGGUUACGCCCUUGACUGGUCUCCUACCGUUCCUGGCGGCAAGUUGCUCACUGGUGAUAACGAUGGUCUCAUCUACGUGACUUCGCGUACUGACGGAGGUGGCUGGGUUACCGACAAUCGACCUUUCCAGGGCCACCAGAGCAGUGUUGAGGAGCUGCAGUGGUCCCCCUCCGAGCAGUCUGUUUUUGCCUCUGCUUCAAGCGACGGCACAGUCCGCAUCUGGGACGUGCGAUCCAAGUCGCGCAAGGCUGCCAUCACCAUGCAGGUCUCAGAUGUCGACGUCAACGUCCUGUCGUGGUCGCGCCAGACAUCCCACCUGCUCGCCUCGGGCGACGACAACGGCACCUGGGCCGUGUGGGAUCUCCGGCAGUGGAAGGCCAGCUCCGACAAGCCCCAGCCCAUCGCCAGCUUCAACUUCCACAAGGAGCAGAUCACCAGCGUCGAGUGGCACCCCACGGACGACUCCAUCGUUGCCGUGGCCGCGGGCGACAACACCGUCACGCUGUGGGAUCUGGCUGUCGAGCUGGACGACGAGGAGAGCAAGGACACAGCAGGCGUCAAGGACGUGCCGCCACAGCUGCUGUUCGUGCACUACCUCAAGGACGCCAAGGAGGUUCACUGGCACCCGCAGAUCACGGGCAGCUUGGUCGCCACAGGAGAGGAGUUCAGCGUCUUCAGAACCAUCAGCGUAUGA